AUGGACAACACAACAGCACUAACAUUCACAAUGACUGCAUACACGGCCAUGGGAAACUACAAAAAUGGGCUCUUCACUGUGUUCCUCCUGCUGUACUGUAUUAUUAUCAUUUUGAAUUCACUGCUCAUUACUGUCAUAUAUCAAAACAAAGCAUUGCAUCAACCUAUGAACCUGUUCUCGUGUAUGUUAUCCAUGAAUGAAAUUUAUGGCAGUACUUCGUUGUUCCCUGCAAUUAUGUUUGUGCUCAUGUCCGAGACGCAUGAAAUAGUUGUGAAGUGGUGUAUGGCUCAAGUGUAUUUCCUACACACAUACGCAUCUGCUGAGUUUACCAUUUUAGCUGUUAUGGGUUACGACAGAUAUGUUGCAAUCUGUUUCCCACUACAUUAUUACAGCAUUAUGUCUCAUUCAAAGAUAGGCAAGCUUGUUGCAUUAGCAGGUCUAUAUCCACUCAUUGUGUUUGGAUGUUUUUACUCACUAACUUUGCAGCUGAGCUUCAAAGUGUUUUACAUGAAAUUAAAAAGUUAA